UUCCGCGGCAAGCGGGAAAAAUUGACAACAACAAUGGCGCAAGCGAGAGUAACAGAGUUUUAUGCGACCAAGAAAAGAACCGGAGAUGCGCAGCCUUCUAAGCGAAGAAAGUUGCAAAUUAAUACAGACGUUUCAGAAGCUAUUCAGAGCGAACCAAGGAACACAAGAUCAACGCGAUCGUCCACCAGAGGUAAAGGAAUUUCUACACCGGUAAUUGCUGAACCAGAAAAUGUGUUGUUUACACUUUCUGUGCCUGAUAAAAGCGCCAAGUCAAAAUCUACCAAAAGUGUAACGCAGAGAACAAGGAAAAUUAAGCAAAUCAAGGGACAGCAAUCAAUAGCCGAUGUUUUAAGGUCACGAUCACCGUCACCAACUCCAAGUUCUGCUAGUGAAGAAAUAACCUCAGCCUGGGAUGAACACGACGGACCACUGACGCCAUCAAAAAAAUCUAAACAGAACAAUGAAAACGAAACAAAAGGAAAGACCCAAACAUCGAAAAAACGUACGAGACAAAGCAAGAUAAAAGAGGAUUUGAAGACACCCCCUAAAGAAGAAAAGGAGGAGACGGUCAGGGCACCAAGGUCCAGAAAGAAGCUGCAGCUACGUAGCAAUGUUAUUGCAUCAAGUGAAAGCGAAAAUUCUGAAAAUGAGGUGAUAGAACCAGAAAUGAAAUCAGAAAAACAGAAAUAUCGAGAAGUUCUAGACCUGCCAACCACACCCCUUGCCAUUUCCCCCCUCCCUGACACCCCUGAGGUAGUGAGACAGCAGAUGGAGAAAGGUCCUAAGGUCCCCACUUCCAACAAGGUCCAGGCAGCAAUGGAGAAACUGAAGGAGCUCAAUAAAGAAGGCACCACAAUGGAGGAGGUGUCUAAAUCUGACAUGACAGAAAAGCUGAAAAAAUGUGGAAAAUUAGAGGAACUGAAAGCCCAGCUUUUGCAGUUGAAUGAGGCCAAAAAGGAAAUGAAAAAGAUAAAGGAAUCAAAAGAAAAACCCAAAACAGGACCUAUGGUCACUCAAGCAAAAGCCCCAGAACUCAGUAAAUUUGAGGCCAUAGAAGUAAAGGUGGAAACACAGGAGGAGUUGGAACCUGCAAGUGAUCAGAAGGCCCCUGCCUAUGAGAGGUUCCACCAUUUAGCCACCCCUGCCCCUCCCUCAUUGUCCCUCCCCUACAAGUACAAGUUACUGGAGGACAUGUUCAGGAGCAUGGAUACUGUGGUCAGCAUGUUACAUAAUCGGUCAGAAAUUUGCACCUUCUCCAAACUCAAGACAGCUGUUCAGGAAAUGACCAAAAGGAACUUUGAGCAGAGGAAUGUCGGUCAGAUUAAAACUGUCUAUCCUGAAGCCUACACCUUCAGACAGGAGAAAGGACUACCUGCCUUUGGAGGAAAGUCACAUGACUAUCAGCUGACUGUGGAACCAAACUUUAAUGAUGAGUUAGAAAAUAAAUUAAAAACAAAGUCAGGCAGGCCCUGUUUUGCUGCUAAAGACAUUCUUCAGAGGAAAACCACUUUUCACAACAAGCUGAUCUCAAUUGUCAUGAAACAUCAUAAGAGCUUUCUCUCCUCCUUAUCUCGCCCCCUUUCUGUCCCUGGCGACAAAAUCACGAGGUGGCACCCAAAGUUUUCCCUGGACGAGGUUCCAGAUAUACCUGUAGAUAGCCUCCCUGAAGCACCAUAUGUAAAGAAAUACCAGUCAGCUAUAGAUGUACUGGAGGAUAACAAAGCCAAGCUUCCAGACAGGGUAAAGAAGGCUCUGAAUUCAGUAGCCAUGGAAAACAUGAAAAAAGACUCCAGCAAUCCACAAGAACCAUCAGCAGCUAAGAAUUUACCUCAGCUGCAAGGAGUUCCUCAAUCCCUGUUGGAGAAGGUUCGAGCUCGGGAAGCUAAGAAACAGGAACUUGCCAUGAUGCGUGACCCUGUGGAGGACAAAAGGUCACUGAUGAUACGUCGCCUCCCGGAGAUGAUGAGAAUCCUCAGGGCUCACUUUGUGACAGAGAAAAAACCAGCUCUUACAAUGGAAAAUAUCGUACAAAAACUAACAGACAGCUACAAGACAACCAUACAAGCUGCUGAUGUUGAGACUCAUGUAAAACUUCUGAUAGAACUAGUUCCAGAAUGGUUAACAGUGGUGGAAAUCAAAAAGGGCAAAUAUGUAAAAAUGGACAGAAAUAUAGAAUUGGGAAGUCUUCAGUCCAAAGUGGUAAACAUGGCCAAAUCUUAACUUCUGUACACUUGUAAAUAGGGUCUUUAAAUGCAUGUUUUAAGCUUCAUGUAAUUACCAAUUAUUUAUGAGUUUGUUCAAAAUUUUUGUUCACAAGUAUUGAAUACCUGGAUUUUUAAAGCAUGUCUUUUCUCAUGGUUUGUUUUACCGAAGAAGUGAAUUUUAGGAAAUUUUUAUAAUUAUACAA